AUGGAUCAGAUUGUUUUUCAGACGGAGAUCACUUCCACCACUUCAUCGAAAACGACACAGGUUUAUUAUCCUGUCUCCUGUGCUUAUGAAAGGCCAGAAAACUGGGCACCUCCUUUGUAUGAUCCUCUGCACUUUCAAAUACAUGGCCAGGGAGAUUUGACCUUCCAUAUGGCGUUCAUGAAAGAUGAUUUUAGUGGUGUGGCCACUUCCACAACAUUUUCACUGGGCUCAAUGAUCCCAGUUGCUGCCUCAGUAGACCAGCAGUCCCAUCAGCCAUUAAUGCUGCUCUUGGAAGAAUGUGUGGCAUCUACAACACCAGAGUUGGGUCCAGAUUCUCAUAGUUACCAACUCAUCACCAAUAAAGGGUGUCUGAUAGAUAGCAAAAAGUCUAGCUCAAUGUUUCUGCCAAGAAGCCAAUUGUCUGAGAUCAGGCUAAAUCUUCAAGCCUUCAAGUUUGCCACCGGAGAGGAUGUCUACAUUCAUUGCAAGAUUGUGGCAUGGGAUCCAAGAGACCUGGAUGGUGGCAAGAAAGCUUGUCAAUAUGACAAGUCCAGCUCCAGAUGGCUGCUUCUUGAUGAUCCUUCCCAGAGUUCUCUCUGCAGCUGCUGUGACACUAACUGUCGAGGAAGAAAGAAAAGGGGAAUAACAGCUGAUUCCUCAAUGAUGACUUCUGUGCUUGGGCCACUGGUUAUUACUGGAAACUGA